AUAUUUACAACAAGAACGCAAAGCGGUCGUACGUCUGUGGGUACUGUAGCACUUUAAUUUUGCUACAGUACUGCUACGGGUUUGGGGUAGUUUGUACUUUUUUCUGCAGUUGCAACCUGCAAUUUCCAAAAGCGUAAAGUGAUUCCUCUCAUGAACACAAUCCAGUUUACACAGUUCGUAUUCCAUAGUUCGCAGAAGGACAGGACCGGUACCGGUCAGAAAAUCAUCUCUCCUAUCUGGUAGCACAAUGUCUUAAGUCCUGUUUCGUCUAAUUGGCUACGAGUUCAAAGAAUUCAAUUAUUAGGCCAUCUUCGAGUGCUUGUGUUUGUCGAUACAUAUUUAUCAAUCGUCAUUCAUUACAACUGUGCAAUACACGAUCCUUCAAGCCAAAUUCCUCACUGGAAUGGGGCAAGAUCAAUAAUUGUUACUUGCUACCAGAAUCUUAGAUUCUUAUUGUGUAAAGUAACGUAAAGAUUGAGAAACUUGGCAGUAAUUUUUGCUUUGCAUGUCUCCUUACUGCAUGUCUCCUUGCUACUCCAGACAAGGCAACAAAAAAUGCGAUUGUCCUAACUCAACAAACCGGCCUGGACCCCAGCGAAAGAAGAAGAUUCGUCCAUCCAACCAUUCCAUGCAUUGUCAUGACUAAAGACUUUGCUGCCAUGAGCUCACAACCUUGUUCAUAACUCUCUGGCUGGACUACACUUGUUUCAUUAACCUUUAAGAAUUGUGCAUAUGAUUAAGAUGUGAUUUUACUUGCAGUAAGAAAAGUGUGCAGACAAUGGGAAGGGGGAUCGAGAGAGUGUGGGAUUAUGACAUACGAGAUUUGACAGUCACUGUAUUCAGACCACGCGAUUUUAUUGCAUGCACGACAAUAGAUAUACGAGUUGCGAUUGUCUAGCACAAAUUUUUUUGCCAGCCAGAUAUUCAAGUCUAAAAAUGGCUCAAAUCGUCUAUUUUUAAACAUUUUUUACUAUAAAUAAAAUAAUAUACCUGUCGUGUGUUUAUAAGUUGUUGUUGUGUCCCGUGUGAGAUGAAUUCUUAAAGUCUCAUCAUGCAGCGAAGACAUUUUCAUACAAGUAACGAUAAUAAUCUAAACUGAGCCAACUGCUAAUGAAACUUUUUUAGUGCUAUUGACGCCGAAGGAUGUGAGUAAAAUGGAAAUGAAUCGAUAUCUGGAAAUUGACUAGAAUCGAUCCGAGUUCUGCGUUUAGCUUUUAUGAACACGAAUAGGCAAGCAUGCACCAUGUUAAAAUAUACGUAUACUUCUAAACAAUGCAAGACUAAUGUAUAGUCCUGUUGCGAAUGUAUAAAAUACAUGUAUGAACAAGAGAAAGUGAGUAUGGAUUAAUCGCAAAGUAUGUCGGUGUUAAAUAAUUGGAGCGCAUUUUUAGUAAAACAGAGAUUGAACUUGAAACUCUGAAAAUGUUACCGGAACUACUUUUCUACUUGCCAAAACUGCACUAUUAUGAAUCGACUUGUGUUUUAUCAUGCCAAAGGAGAAUACAAUGUUGUAAAUUUAAAAUAAGUUGUAGUGAAUUUGUGAUGAAAUGUGUGUUGUUAUUUUUGUAUCUGAAUGUGAUACAAGUUCGGGCACAAGAUGCGAUCCGAUUUACUACCACUCCUUCAUCCAUCGGUAUUAGUGGGGCUGACGAGGAAAAUAUACUAGACAGCGACACAUUUGGUGAUUUUAAAAGUGUGAGAAACAAGGACUUUUUCAAUUAUUUGGAUCAAACAAAGGAUAGAAACAAUGGAAUCAAUGAUCCCAGAUAUGCGAAUGAAAGUGGGAUUAGAUUGGAUGAGUUUCUGCAGCAAGUGGUCGAGAAGGACAACGUCACACAUUAUCAGAGAUUGGAGCUGUUUGGCCCAAAACUCUGGUCAAAUCACACAAUUCAUAAUCCUUUAGGAUUUAUAGUGAUUGCACCCUCCAUCAUUCAACCAGCCUCCAUUUACUCGGCCGUGGUGUGGGUAUCGAGUAUCGAAGACAGCCCAAGAUUGGGAAAUUUGCUUGACGAUAAGACCAUUUCGAGAGGGGUCCAUUUUCGACUGGCCCUUUUUAAAAAUGGGGCCGAUAUUCAAGCAUCGACUAUUCACAUUCAGCCGGGGACUUCGGAUGUUCUCAAAAUUCAAGUGCCAACUCAACUGCCUCGAGGAGAGUAUAAAAUUCGUAUCGAAGGAGACGUCGGAGAAGGUCGUGGGGGUUCAAUAUUUGCAUCCGAAACUCGUCUCAAGUUUUCAGAAAAGUUUCUGUCCAUCCUGAUCCAAACUAAUCGACACAUUUAUAAUGGUGGUCAGAAAAUUUUAUUCCGUGUCAUCUCCCUUCGUAGAAAUAUGAUUCCAUAUGACGACCCGAUCGAUGUGUAUAUUUUGGAUCCAAGAGGUUUCAUUAUGCGAAGAUGGCCUUCGGUCCCAUCAUAUUUAGGUGUGAUCGACUUGGAGUACGAAUUGCCAACUUUCACUUCGCUCGGUCACUGGACAAUCCGUGUCGUAGCUGCGUCUCAAGUUCAGGAGAAACGAAUACUUUUGGAGAGGUACUUUCCUUCCCAACACGAAGUUUAUGUUUCAAUGCCGCCCUUUAUCCUGUCCACGGAAGAAGAUUUGGUUGUGGAAGUGUCGUCAUUUUAUGGGACAGAGAAAAGCGUGCGAGGAAAUGCAACUGUGAGGCUGUACGUCACCCAAUGGGGUCAUCAGUAUGUUGACCGGGCACCCUCCCAACAAAAGUACACUCUUUUCGACACUCAAUCGGUGUUCCUGCUGGGGACGCAAGAGCUUAGGUGGCCAAUGUCAGUAAUUUAUGAUGCCAUUGGAACCUCGUCAAAUGUGGGAAUUCGGGUAGAGGCUGAAGUCACUGAAUUCUUUUUGGAUGAAACUCGUUUUGGAUAUGCCGAAAGUAGAAUUAUAAAGGAAACAAUAAGACUGAAAUUCUUAGAGACUGCCCCAAAAGUCUUUAAACCAGGGAUGCCUUUUCGCACAAUCCUGGCAGUCGGUUACGAAGAUUUGGAACGCAUUCCUCGAGACAUCCUUGAGUCAUCUACACUUCGCAUAACGCCGCAGGCUUUUGUCAGCAGUGGAUCUCGUGUUGAUCUUGAACCUAUCGAGAUAAAUUCCAGAGAAAAGUUUCACAAUUUUUUCCAAGAUCGUGGUAGAGACCGGGACAGAGAGAUUUACACCCAUGUGCGAAACCACGUUGUGAGGGAGGGAGACGAGGAGGAGGAGGAGGACCCGUACACCUUCCAGUCCGAUUGGACCGACAAAGAAAGGAAAACAUUCUCCUUGCAGAAUUUCAUCACGAAGAGAAGGGACAAGCGCUAUUUUGAUGAAGGGAUUGUCGAAGUAAAUCUCAUUGUUCCAAAGAAAGCGACUCGGGUUGUGAUCAGGGCAGAAUAUUCAGACGACAAGGGUUCACGCACAGUCGCAGAGCUGGUGGCAGUGCCGGCGUUCUCACCGGGAGGAAAAUAUGUCAGCGUGUCACUGCGGACAGGAGACCCGGUGGCAGUUUCACAUUUUGUAGUUUUGCAAUUCCAAGCAAAUUUCAAACCUCAACAUUUUCAUUACGUGGUCGUGGCCAAAGGUCUCAUCUUAACGCAUAGCACUGAGUUUCUUAAAAACUCUUGGUCCCUUCCGCGUAGUUUCACAGUGGCCGUUUCCCCGGAAAUGGUGCCUGGUUUCCACGUGUUUGUCUACGUGGGAUUGAGAACAGGAGAAGUCGUAUCGGACAGUGUUUUUGUCCCCGUGGACAAUUUUCAAAGACAUAAACUGUCGCUGGUCGUAAAUGGUGCGAAAGACAGGUCCAAGGACACAGUGGAAUUGCAACUUUACGCAGACCCUGCCGCUUAUUUUGGAGUUUCUGCACAAAGGAACGCACGCCACUUGAUGCAGGCUGGGAAUGAACUAAGUCAUUCAUAUGUUUUUCAAACGCUGCAUUCCUUAGAGCCACACAACAGGACGUUGCUAAAAUGGGUUUGGCGUGACCGGAGUGGAGAAAAGUCUGAUCAACUCAAGUACUUUCCUUGCAUGACAUACGCCAUCGACACUUAUCGGAGUCUACAGCAUACGAGUCUUAUUCUUUUCUCGGAUGGUUUCAUAUCGACAUCUCCUUUCCAUCAAGUUGAGUGUCCAGAGGAAGAAUGCAUAACUGGCGGAUGUUACCUUCGUCGACAAGCAUGUGACGGUAGAACGGAUUGUGGCGACGGGACCGAUGAGCUCAAUUGUGACUUUCAGAAUGAUGAGGAUAUCGUCAAUUUCAGAGUCAACAGGGCCAACAGAUUUGGGGACUUUUUCGAUGCUGGAAAUGAAUGGCCUUGGGUUCACGAAGCAAUUGCGCACAGCGGAGACAAAAUAUUUAUGCUGCAAACACCGGAAACAACAGAUACCUGGUAUUUCAAUGCUUUUGCAAUCAGCAAGAAAAGUGGAUUUGCUUUGUUGGACCAACCAAUACAGUACGGAACAGAUAGACCUUUUAUGAUGGUAGUCGAUUAUGCUUCGUCGGUUCGUCGUGGGGAGCAGGUCGGAAUUAUCGCCAUGUUGUACAACAAGCUUCCCAGAGAAAUUCUAGUCCUGGUCACGGUUGCGGGAUCGGAUGAUCAUGUCUUCGUCCAUGCUGGAAAGCACGGACAGCUCGAGUUUGAUAAAGAUCAUCCCCAAUUCUCUGGAGGGGAUCACCAACAACUUAUCUGGAUGGCUCCUGAAUCUGAGCAAGAGCUGAGAGUACCGAUAAAGCCGCUUGUUGACCAGGGCACAAUAACGGUUACAAUUACGGCGACUACUCAAAUUAGAAGUGAUACUGAAACUUGCGAGAUUGAAAUUUUGCCUGAGGGAGGUGGUGUUGGGAAGCACACAUCCCUUCUUCUGGAUAUGAGAAAUCGUGCCAUUGUUUUAAAAUAUUUUAAUAUCUUCGUGGAAGAAGUUCCGUGGGUGCCAUAUGAAACUAAAAGAAAAUAUGUGUACGGCAGUCCCUCCGCUCAUGUUCUAAUCUCAGGAGAUAUCAUCGGUCCAUUGCCAAAUUCUCUGCCUUGCACAAUGUCCAAUCUCAUGGGAAAAGAUGGGAAGGGAACGGCUGACCGAUUGUUUGAGCUUUCAGCCAACAUUUGGGCCUUGCAUUAUCUCCGACUGACGAACCAACUCACGACGUCGAUCUCUCGCCCAGUCUUUACUCAUAUGAACAAACUCUUUGCUUGGAUCAUGAAACGAUUCAGUUUGCCUGGAUUCUUUAAAAUGUGGAACAUUUCUCGACCAUCCGUGUGGCUGAGUUCUUGGGCUUUGCAAAUAUUCCAGCAUGGUUCCUUCCAAGACUGGGAAAAUGAGUUUUUUGUGGAAGGCCCAAUUUUUGCUAGAGUGAUUCAAUGGAUUCUAAAGUAUCAGAAUUUGGAUGGCAGCUUUUCAGAGACUGAACACUAUGAGAUGUUCCCAGUUAACAAGAAGAUGGGUUACAUGGGUAACAUGGAAGGGGUGGGUGCAAAUGUGACCCUCACGGCUCAUUUGCUAAUUACCCUGCAACUGGUGACACCCAUUCUGGAUGGGAAUAUUCGUGUUGAGUGUAAUAAUGCCAAACAAAAUGCUCUCAGAUUUUUAGAACGAAGUUUAUCAGACAUCACGAAUCCUUACCAGAUUGCAAUUACUGCCUAUGCUCUCACCAUUGCCGAUAGCACUGAAAAAGAGUCUGCCUUCUCAUUGCUACAUUCUGUGAGGACGGAAGCAGGUGAAUUUAUCUACUUUUCUCCAGCGCCUGUUGUGACAAACGCAAUUACAUACGAGAAUAACAGGCCAUUUCUUGAACCUAAAAACAACGAAUUUUGGGACUCGGUCGCUGUGGAAGGGACGUCUUAUGCUCUCUUGGUCUACCUCAUCAGGGAUGGAGUCUCCCCAAUACCUGACAGAAUUGUGGCUUGGUUAAAUACGAUGAGAUUGACCGACGGGGUUUUUAUUUCAUCCGUGGAUUCAGCAGUAGCAUUUCAGGCUCUGACAGAGUAUGCUAAUCGUGCCCGAAUACGUGACAUAACGGAUGUAUCAAUAAAAAUUGAGCUGUCAAGUCAAGGCGAAGACGCCGAACCGUUUGUCUUUCUCCCAGACUCAGCUUCCGCUUCUCAACAAGUCGACGUCUCAAAAGUGUGGGGUCACGUUAACAUUCAAGGAAGAGGAGCAGGCCAAGCAGUGGUUCAACUCGAUGUGGCGUUUGGCGUGGAUUGGGAGGAAUACAAGGACACGCCUCCCGUGGACGCCUUCGAACUUAAAAUUGUCGAAUACUUCAGCGACAGAAGAAAUAAGUCUGAUCUUACAGUGGAGGCCUGCUUUAGAUGGAUUCUUCUAGAGGAGUCCGAAGUGAGUGGGGGUGCGGUGUUGGAGGUGGAAAUUCCGAGCGGGUAUGGAAUGAUUCAAUCGGAUGCGGCGAGGUUGGUUAGUUCCGGAAUCCACCCCUUCCUCAAGGACGCCUGGACUGUGCCAGGAAAAACGAGCUGGUAUUUCGAACGGGUUCCAUCUUAUGUGACAUGUUUCAACCAUACGGUCAAGAGAUGGUACCCAGUUGCCAAUUUAACGAGACAUCGUCAAGCCACCCUUUAUGAGUCAUAUUCGCCAGAGCGGUUUGUGAACACUUUGGUCAACGAUACGACUCUGAUGAAUCUCGACAUCUGCCAAGUAUGUGGUUCAUCGUCCUGUCCUUACUGCCCAUUUUAUAAUAAUGUUUCAUUACUUAGGAUAAAUUAUCUUGUGCUUUGUGGCUUAACUGUGUUUUCGAUACUUAAAAUUAGCAUGCCUGCUGUGCAUUCCGAUUUGUAUUAGCUAUAAAUUCGUACUUGUUAUUAAGUUAGGUUUAUAGGAUAUAUAAUAGAUAAAUAACCAGUAGUAAUGAAUAUGACUCGAAUAAUAUACACCGGUAAAGUCAGGGUGACAGCGAGUGACAUUAAGAAUUGUUCGAGUAAAAGUGAUCUGUUUGUUCGCGUUAAACUAACUUCAGUAUUACCAUUACCUUUAUUUUGCGCAGCAGGGGUAAUAAAAAUAAAACACAUUUUGUUAGCUUUUAUACUACAGUAAUUAAAAUGCCAGAAUUUUAACUAUACUAAAUGUAACGCAAUAAACCAAGUUGGACUUUCAA